CAAAAGAUGGCAAAGGCAAGAAGAAGCAUAUGGGUCCUCUUGUUUCUCUGUCUAGCAAUUGUUGGCCUAGGAGGUGAUGAUGACCAAAAGGAAGACAGUAGUAGUAGCAUUGGCAUGGCAGCAGAGAAGCCAAACAGAACAUACACUGAAGUUGUAGUUAACACCAAUAAGAAACAUCACAGAGGAGGUGGUGGUGGUGGAGGCGGUGGUUACGGGUGGGGAUGGGGUGGAGGAGGAGGAGGUGGCGGCGGGGGUGGUGGAGGAGGUGGAUGGGGGUGGGGAGGAGGAGGAGGGGGUGGUGGGAGAAGGAUUCAUAAAAAUCAUAUGCACAGGAAGAGAGUUUUCGACAAAGAAGAAGAGUAUAAGAUUGGAGAGUUUGCAGAAUGCAUGGGCAGAGGGAGGUGUAGAGGCAUGAGGUUGGACUGUCCUCUUCACUGUGGUGGACCAUGUUUCUAUGACUGUCAGCAUAUGUGCAAAGCUCACUGCCGACGACGUCGUCCCUAAUUAACUCUACCUAUCAUGCAUGUUUAACUUCAUAUAUGGCACACUAAUUAUGGCAGUCUUCUAAAAUUUGUUGGUUCAAGUGUUUGAUCUGUCUUUCAUUUUUUUUUUUUUUUUGCAUGGUUGUUGUCGUACUUAACAAUUAUAUAUGGCUUACAAGUUGUUGUUAUGAUUCUCUGAUUUACUUGGAGUUAAUGAGUUUUUGUUUAUUCGUUCUCGGGUCAAUGGUCGAACAAAAUUAAAGGUUUUAAAAUAAAAUGUACAACGAUCUUGAUCAAUUGUUAGCUAGCUCUAAAGGCCUGCGUCACGAAUAAUAACAAUGGUUUCUGAUUUAAU